ACAUUACAAUGAAGAUGGACAGCGUAAAUCGCUGUUAAUGGCUCAUGGUAUUGGGAUUGAGGAAAUGGAUGGCCUACAACAACCAAUACAGCCGACGACACGAACCGAAGCUAGCUAACCACUAGGUCACCAGUAUCAGUAUCAUAAGAACAAGUCGAACUUCGAGGUUGAUGCACUGUCGCGAGAUGUGGUGUUUACAUGCGUGCGUACGUCUUCUGUUGUGCGUUUACUAGUUCGGUGUUUUUGUUUUUUUAAUUUAUUUUUUUAUUUUUUUUAUUAUUUGUGCAUGUUAACCACAUGAAUCGCGCUUAUUAGCAAUACCUAUUUGCUUGGAAUGCGAUUUAAUUUAUUCAAUUCACAGAGAUGAUAUUCAAACGAAAAUAUUUUAUGGUAUUCGAUUUAGGAUCAUUGUGUUACGGAGCAUUCACAGCGAUAAAAAUACUAUCGAUAAGUUGUAUAAUAAUAAAUUCAACUUCGUACUGCGCAGCGCCGUCGAUGUCUUCAUUAGGAAUAGAUAACGAAUUAGAAGGCGCCCCAGAAGGGUACUACGCUUUUGUGGAAUCUCCCAAGAUGGAACCACCUCAAGUGAAACUACCACCAUAUAUUAGACUGAAUCGACCUUGUACAAGUAUUGGAAAACGUAUCAGUUCGCCCAAUGCGAAUAAAAAAUCAUUAAACAAUUUAUGCGGUGAUCUCAACAAAGGGGCCAUACCAGCCAAUCCAAUGAAUCAAAAUAUUUACGGUACUCCGUACCCGUUCGAGUUAAUUAAAAAUAAAACGUUGGAGUUCUUCAGCAGAACUUUACCGAUAUUGAAAGCCGAUGAAACUAUUCCAAAAGUAGCAACACUUCAGGCAGAACCACAAUAUUAUUUAUAUCAGCAACCAAGCAACGCAAAAUUACACCAACGAAUAAAACGCUCCGGUUCGUCUAAUUCGAGCGACACGAUAGAAAAAAAGCAAGACACCAACUCGCAAACAUCCAGUUCAAAUGAUAACGUUACUCGCAGACAAUCGAGAAAAUUUUGCGACAACGAUCAAGGAAUAUGGUGUAUACUCUAUAAACUGAUACAAAGUCAAGUAUUUCGGUCUGUAAACGCACAAAAACGUCAAGACGCCCCGCAUUUAGAAUACAGAACGAGCGCUGACGCUGCAUCUACCCAAAAUCCUAUGCCUGCCGAUGGUCCAGCCACCCCUUGUCCGGCCAGAGUGGAAUAUGCGACUCCGGUUUUCGCUAGAAAUCAUCAAGGUAUAUGGAGAUACGUUGUGCAAAUACCGUACGAGGGAUAUUUCACUCAAACCAUCGAAGUAAUCAAAUGCACCAACCAAAAAUGCUUCUAUAUGGAAGGCGGUUGUUUAUCUUCGCCUCGUUGGGUUAGUUUAUUAGUAGCUGAAAUAUAUUAUCCGGAAACAAUCACGCCGAUAAAUCGCAGACCACCGGUUCACAGGAGUCCGGUGAUGAGCGACGAUCCUCCUCCAAUUGACGAUUUUCGAAAUUAUCAACAACAGUAUUUACACAAACGAGCUGUACCCUCGAGCAGUGAGACGAAAUCAUCAUCUAACACCAGAAAAGUACACUGCGACGGUGUCGACGAAUUAGGAUGUUUCCAGGUGAGAUUAUACUACGAUUGGUUCUUAGUCCCUGGAAGUUGUAAGUGUUGGAGGCCAGAUUACUUCCAGAAAUACAUGCGAUACGGCCGAGAUAUCAGUUAUGAACUGUAACGCCAUUAUUUAUUUUUUAAAAAUCAUUACUAUGUAAUGUAAUAUACAUUCUAAGUAGGUAGAUACGUAACGACUUGAAAAAAGUAUUUUAUACUCGUACGUAGGCAUAUUAUUAUUAAUUUAAUUUAUAUAUAAAAAAAAGAAAAUUCAUGUACUUUCAUUAUUUAUUAAGUAGAUGUACGUAUUAUGUUUAUGUAAUACGAAAUAGAAUGACGAAUGUAUGUAAAUAGUAAUAUAAAAAUAAACUCUCGACGAAAUCCCAACGUAUGACACUGGUACAAAGAAAAACACAAAAAUAUACGUUUUUUCCUCAAA